CUAUGCGGGGGAUUUUUGUAUUGGCCUCGUAUGUAUGUAUAUUGAACUUAUUUCGCACCGUACAUAGCCAACCGUGCUAAUUGGAGGUCUUGUUUAGUAGCAGAUGUAUGCUUCUCGCGCCACGAUGUCUCUCCGGACCCUGCCACUGGUGCUUCUGCUGCUGCUACUGGGGCCCGUGAGCCCUGCGCUCUGUUGCCUGCGUUGCUCUCCGCUCUUCAAUAACGUGCGGAAUCAGCUUAAGGAGUCCAUACCAGGGCUGAGCAUGGACCACAAGAAGGAGAUAUACAAGGUCAUCACAGAGAUUGGCAAUAUGGAGGCCCCCAUUCUAUUUGAUUAUGAGGACGUGGCUCCCGUCUUCCUGAAGAAGAUCCUAGACAUUAUUGACUCAAUGAGGCCAGCGGUACUAUUAGGUGGCAUCCGAAUGGCCAAAAAUCCAGAAAAAUCGGGUCCGAAGACCGUCGAUGUUCCAGAUGUUCUGUCAAGAUUAAUGGGCGUCGAAGGAGAAUACGAAAAAAAGAUUGAAGAGAUUACACAGGCGCCGUGCGAAACCUGUGCUAGGGAAUCAGUGCCGGCAAUGAAAUGUGGCUCAUGUGAACGGGUGGUCAUCACUUGCUCCUCAUGUGUUUCAAUCAAGAAGACGCUUACCAACCCCGACAUCAUGCGGAUAGGAGGAGGAAUUAUGUUGUCAUGCAUCUUCCUUUUGAUCAUCGGCAUUCUAGUAACAUCAUACAAGAAGGACGAGGAGAAAGAUCCUCAGGGUGGUAUGCCGACGGAGGUCGUGUCGCACAAGGAGGAGCUGAAACCGGCUGUUCAUUGUGACAAGACAAAGAAAAAGAGGAGUGACAAAUCUGGCUCCAUUCACCACUCGCAACACAAAACUCCCAAAGCUGUGACUUCAUAUGAGAACGAUGGGAAAGAUCCACAGGGUGGAAAACUGACGGAGGUCUUACCUCACAGUGAGGACGUGAAAUCAGUUAAGACUCAUUCCAAGAAGAAAAAGAGCAGUGGACAUAAAGAUUCUGGCUCCAAGCACCACUCUAAAAGUAAAACUGACAAGAAGUGAAGAAAACUCCACAGCAGCACGGAUGGGUGACAUGGAGCAGCACGGAUGGACAGAGUGGAGCAGCAUGGGCGUUCAGGAUGAACGCCUUGUUCGGGGACCCGGGCAUUCCUCGGCCGACUGGCGUGCCGUCGGCCACGUCAGGUCGUCGGACUGCGGUGGUCUGCGCCUCUUCGGCGGAGGAGUGGCGCGGCUGCACGGGCUCUCUCCUGGCGCCCUCUGCUGGGGCUCUCUCCUGGCGCCCUCUCCUGGGGCCCUCUGCUGGGGCUCUCUCCUGGGGCUCUCUCCUGGCGCCCUCUACUGGGGCCCUCUCCUGGGGCCCUCUCCUGGGGCCGGAAGACCUCGGUGUUGGCACUGCGAUACCAAGGCUGCUCGGCUGCCGAAUUGGAAAACACAUCCCAUACACUGAACACACACACACGCACUAGCCUCGGCAAACACCUAGGAAACUUGAGAGUGUUAGCCCCGGUAUCAGAUUCCCCUCCGCUGAGUUUUUCACCCCUAGCCUGCCUAGCGAGCAAAAAUGGUCUGGGUUUUCUCAGAAGGAGGGAAAUUGGCAAAGAUUUGAUAUGCAGGGAAUGGAACGGACUGACGAUUGUGGGAGAUGAAAGGACGAUGUUACUACCGAACUUUAAUUCUCUUGCAGAAGUGCUGCAACUGUUCAAACCAUUGUCGGGAUUUUCUCUUUGGCAUUGGGUUCAUACAAUAAUAUUAAAUAAAAAAGUGCAUCAUAUAGAUAUUGGCAGCAGCAUUGUGACUGUUAAGAUUAAUUAUGUGGUGCAUGUGUAUGACAAUGUUUUACCCUUUGUGGCAAUAAAACAGGUGUUAAAACACCAAAGAAUCUUUUUUCAAGGAAUCUUGUCUGCAUUUUUGUGAUGAACAUGUUAACAAAAACAUGCUCUGAUAAUAUAUGCAUUGCCUUUGAAACUGAUUGGUCCGCAUCAGACUAAUCCAGACAGGAUUCCUUGAAAAAGGAUUCUGAUUGGUGUUUUAAGAUCCUAACGCCUAUUUUAUUGCCAGAAGGGGUAAAACCUUUUUGUUAUAUUUUGGUACUGGCAAGAAAGGUCCCAUAUUGGUGCAUGAAUGUUCAGCCAUUUAUUAAAAAUGUAUGAUGCUGAAUAAUGACUAAAUUGCCUAUACGCAGUAUAAUAUUUAUUUUGGCAAUAAAAAAAACUUGCCAUUACAUAUAUAUUGGUCGCAGCAUUGUGUCUGUUAACAUGAAUUAUGUGGUGCAUGUUCAGCCGUUUAAAAAAAAAUGUAUGAUGUUGAAUAACGUGCAAAUUCCCUAUUUCGCAGUGUAAUGUUUUUGAAAUGAAAAAAAAACUCAAGAUAUUUUAAUUACUCUUCUACCCCCGAAGAGGCGUAGAAAGUGACUGGGAAUUUACGCCCGUAUUUUCCCCUAUGGUAAUGUUAUCCCUGGGUGGACUGAAAGUACCCUGCAUGCUUAUUUUUUCCCCAAUGUAUUACAAUUAUAUAAGUUUGUAGAUGUCAUUUUCCUGCCACCUGACCAGCCGUUCAACCAAUAAGCUGGGAAUCAAAGGGUGGCAGAAAAAAAAACGCUUUGUGCGACUGCUACGGAGAGGAAAGAGACUGCUUUUUUGUUUGUACUAAAAAAAAAAGUUUGUACUAAACUCAAGUGACUCCUGUCUCUCUGGUCAUGUUUGUUACUACACCACUCACGCUACCAGCUGGAUCUUAGACGUUUGUUUUUCACGAACACGCAGUUGCGCAGUACAGUACUCAAGCUCUUAUA